AUGCCGGACGAUCUUGUAGCACGUAUUCGGCUUCUUCGGUGGUUCUGUGUAGAUUGCAAACGAUGCUGUUUGUGCCAGCUGUCUAAGGAACCGGUACCACUCCAGUCCGGUUCGGAUGUGACCCAACUGCUCGCUGGAUCGACUGACGCCUCAUCCGAUCGAGAUUUGCUCCUGUGCGACUCGUGUGAUCGAGGCUUCCACAUGUUUUGUCUCGAGCCGCGAAUGUCUGAGUUACCUGAAGGUAAUUGGAUUUGUCCCAUCUGCACUCCUCGUGUGGGUUCCAAAGAAGGCAGUUUCACUUCGCUUGAUCCCCGGUUGGAUGCAAUUCGUGUAUGCGAUCAGCUCACACAGCAUGAAAUUGACUGGAUGCAACAAGAGUUGAAUGCAUCUGGGAAAUCCUCACCAGACACCCGAUCCCCAAGCUCCGUGGAUUCUUCCGCAAGGAAAACUGUUCGACCGCGCACUGUGCGCAAUUCACGACUGUCACUUCUUUCAUCAUCUUCCCCUCGCAUGGCACUAUCCACUACCCCGUCCACAGUUCUCGCUUCAUUGUCCUCCAAAGCAGAAGAGCCUCCAGAUGGGCAAACCGAGCUCUAUGAUAACUCUCCUCUCGCCCCGAAAAUAGAUCCCACAUCCCAGAGCAAUGCACCAAAACCGAAACGUCUGGUACAGAAAUCCUUAACCUCGUGGGCUGUAACUCAGUCACGUGAAGAACCCGCGGCCUCACUUUCUAUCAAGACGGAAUCGCUCGAGCAGCGUGUUGAGACUAAGGGUACGUGUCUGCUUUGUCCUUUUGCAGUGCGGAAAUCUGAUUUAGCUUUAUUCCCAAAUCUGAUACACCAGUCCCGGUGUUUCACUUAUAGUUUUCACUUAAAACUAGUGAUUACUUCUGAAUAA